AUGCCAUCUCGUGUUGACGAUUAUGAGGUGUUGUAUACCAUAGGAUCAGGGUCUUAUGGCAAAUGUCAGAAAAUACGGAGGAAAUCUGAUGGGAAGAUUCUAGUUUGGAAGGCGCUGGACUACGGCACAAUGGCUGAGAGCGAGAAGCAAAUGCUGGUGUCUGAGGUCAACCUCCUCCGUGAACUGACGCAUCCAAACAUUGUGAGAUAUUAUGACCGCAUCAUAGACCGGACCAACACCACACUGUACAUCGUUAUGGAGCACUGCAAAGGCGGCGACCUCUCCAGCCUCAUCACCAGAUGCAUCAAAGAAAGGUGUUACUUGGAGGAGGAGUUCAUCAUCCGAGUCAUGGCACAGCUCACUCUUGCACUGAAGGAGUGUCAUCGCCGGAGCAAUGGUGGGGCCACAGUGCUGCACAGAGAUCUUAAGCCCGCGAAUAUCUUCCUGGAUGUCAAGCAGAAUGUCAAGCUCGGUGACUUUGGUCUCGCACGUAUCCUGAACCAUGACACCAGUUUCGCUAAGACUUUCGUCGGAACCCCUUACUACAUGUCGCCUGAACAAAUUAAUCGCAUGUCCUACAACGAGAAAUCGGAUAUCUGGUCCCUGGGAUGCUUGUUGUAUGAACUCUGUGCCUUAUCUCCUCCUUUCACAGCUUAUAACCAAAAAGAGCUGUCAGAGAAGAUCCGAGAGGGGAAGUUCAGGAGGAUCCCCUACCGCUACUCAGAGGAGCUGAACACACUCCUGUCCAGAAUGCUCCAUUUAAAGGACUACCUGAGGCCCUCGGUGGAGUCCAUUCUCCAGAGCAGCCUGUUGGUGGACGUGGUCGCCGAUGAGCAGAGGAAGAUGCAGGCGCGCAACUGGAGGAGGUCGGCUGAUCCAGAGAACCCAAAGCCAGCCGGGUCUUCAACCUCCCCGACCGCUGCGGAGCUGAGGCUCAAGGAGCAAUUGCUGCGGGAGAGGGAGAAGGCCCUAAAGGAGCGCGAGGAGAGGCUGGAGCAGCGGGAGCAGGAGCUUUGUGUACGCGAGAGACUAUCGAAUGAGAAGCUUGCCAGAGCGGAGAGUUUGUUGAAGAGCUGCAACCUGGUAAAACAGCAGAAGACCCUGCCACCACUCUAUUCCAAUGACAUAGGUAUGGAGGAGAAUGUCCCCCCUGAAAAGAAGGUCAGUUUUGCCGGAGACAGCGAAGAGAACCAAAGGCCUGAUCAGAAGCAGAGUGAGAAGAGCCAGGAGCUGGGGCUGAAGAGGAGGCUGCAGGCAGCCAACCUGCGGGUCCAGGCCCUGGAGGAGGUGGAGAGGAACUACCAGCUCAAGAGCAGGCAGAUCCUAGGCAUCCGCUAG